UUACUGCCCCCUUUGUGGAGUGGGGCUAUGUCUGUUGUUUUUAGUAACUGUGGGACGACCCCCGUGUCCAUGCUCCCUCUCCAUAGGAUGGAAAAGGCUCGUGAUAGGGGCUUCUUGCAGUUCUUGAUGAACACAGAAUUCCAUGAGUCUGGCCCUGGGGCAGAGUGCAUGGGCAUGUCAUUUAUCGCCUGUUCGAAGUCAUUUGGCGUCAGGAUAACAUCGGAUAGGCUUGUGUUAAUCAAAUUUUGUGGCUCUCUCAUAAAAAAUUCAUUUUGAUCUUCCUGCCAGUUUUUUUUCCUUCCUGGCACUAAAAAACCUCUCCCUCUUGAGUGGCUGUGGCUACCCAGGUUUUCCCAUGGCCUGGAUGUUUUGUAUCUUUUUGUACCCUUUAGAUGGUGUGCCUGGCAAUUUAAGUUAUAGCACAGUCUUUCGUGUACUGAAGAGGUACACAUUUCAGGGUGAAAAAGCUUACAGGAAGGGAGUUUGCAUUUUCCUGUUGUCAUAAAUGUAUAACUCAGUUGUAUAAUUAGAGAAACCUUACCAAACUAUGCUAUUAUAGCAUUACCUAGUAGAAUAAUCCAUUCUCUUGAAUGCACUAUAACUCAUCUAAUUACCAUAUGAACUGUUACUGCACUACAGAUCGUUGUUUUGAUUUGAUUAGAUCUGAUUAAUAAAUUGCACGACUACAUAUAGUAAACUGAUCAUUUUGUUAUAUUAUUCAUUGUAAUAUUAUAAAAUUGUGUGAAGGAAAAGCGUCUGUGUUAGUCACUCUGUCUGACUUUUUUGGGUUAUCCUAGGUUCUCUACACAUAUGCUGCUAUGUAUGAUAAUUCUAUGUAACUGUAUUUGUGUAUACCUGAAUAAACUUACUUACUUACUUAAUCCCAUACUCAUCCUGUGGACGGUAGUCAAAAAGAUUACAGAGGUACAUAAUGGUUCCAGUGUGUGUGUGUGUGCAUGAAGGAAGAAUAUAAGAAAGAAUUAGCACUGCAGCAAGCCUACUGGCCCAUGCAAGGCAGGUCCAAGUUACCUACCGGCUUAUGCCACUGACCCAACCUAGUCAGGUCCAGGUCACAUCCACUUAAGGAAUGAACACGGCAUUAGACCUAGCACAAGCUAGUCAGGUCCAAAGAAACGUUGCCUACCAGGCCACGGGUCACCCAUCAGUUACCAGACCACCUGUCAAGAGUGCUACACUGCCUAACAAGAAUGUUACACCACCUCACCAGUGCUACGUCACCUAACAACAGCUACACCACCAAACAACUCUUCCACAUCUUAGAACUUUUUAGGCAAAUUUCAGGCUAUGGUUAGCAAGGAGGUCAAGGCAUCUCAUGAGUUAGUUUUCAAAUAUUCCAACAGUGAUUUUGUAUAUAAUACCAGCAGUGACCAUGGCCAAGACAUGAUGUCAGCUUUUGAUUCAUUACUCCUGGAAAAGUGGAAGGCAGCAGAUGAUGCAUCUUUAUUUAAUUACAAAGUUGAUGAUGUUGAAACAAAAUUAUUAGCUGGAAAAUAUAAAUUUGUUGUCCAGAUGAAUGCAAACCGAAAAAUUAUGAAGAGAAAAUCACAAAAUAUUUUAAAUGUAGUGCAGCCUUUUGAACCUGAAUGUUUUAAUUUCACCAAGAUUAAGACAGAAGAGAUUCUUACAAACCUUCACUAUGAGCAGAACUCUCCCAAGUCACACUUUGAUGCUACAAGUGAGUAUACAGAUGGUUCUAAAUCUGCCACUGGAGUUGGACAUGUAGCUGUCAUUCCUGUUAACAUGAUUCAAGGUUGGUUACUGCAGACAGUGGAUACAGUAGGAAAAGGAACAGCAGUCUUGGAAGGUAGCGUGGUCAUCAAUAAUGCUCCUAUCUGCAGCAACCAUAGUUUACUUGUUCCUUUUCUGGACCAGUGUCAGCCUCAAGUACUCAAUGAGAAAGGACUCAUGAUCGCUCUCCAUACAAUUUUGUUAUCUACGACACCAGACAUUAGAAUUGGAUUUAAUUCUCUGACUGGGUAUGCUUCGGUAAACCACUUCCACUUCCACCUGUACUACCUCUCUCACAAGCUUAACAUUGAAACUGCUGAAUGUCGGAGACUAGCUGGGCCUUGUUAUGUCUUCAAGGACUUCCCAUGUCCAGCUUUUGUUUUUCAGCUUGAAAAUAAAGAUGUUGAUGAGCUGAUCAGAUCUGUAAUGAAAGUUAUAAAGCUGUUCCUCAGUAAAGAGAUAGCUCACAAUCUUUACAUUACUCGUGGGACGUCUCUGGACGGCAACUCCACUGAUGGAGAAUAUGACACCGUAAGAGUCAUUCUCUGGGCACGCAAACCUUCCUAUGGUAUUAAAGACAUUUCUGUGUUUGCUACAGCAGUUUGUGAACUUGCUGGACAUGUACCUAUAUACUCAUGUGAUCAUUGGAACAACCUGUCAGAGGAAGACAUCAUCCCUACCAUAAAAGGUGUGUGUGAGGAAGAAUUUGAAGACAUGAGUCCAAAAAUCAUGAGGUUGUUCUUGGACAAUAAUGAUGUAGAAUAAUUCAUCUUUAUGUGCUGUUCAUUUUUUUUUUUUUAGCAUAUCUUUUAACACUUUUAAAGUAUGGUUGAGAAUUAAUUGUAUUUAACUGUUAAGUGAAGGUAAUCUUAAAAUUAGUUAGUAC